AUGGUUGACAUGAAGAUGAUAUCUAUCGAAGAGCAUGAAAAAUAUGAGCAAGAACAUUCAGCUUUAGAAGAGAGCGAAUCUCAAUGGUAUUUUAGCAGAGAAGAAAUCGAGAAGUCAGCAUCAAGAGAGGAGAUUGAUUUGAGAAAAGCAAUCUAUUACCAGAGAUCAUACAGCACCUUUCUUCAAGACCUUGGAAUGCGGCUUGCACAUCCACAGAAGAUAAUUGCCACGGCCAUAACCCUGUGCCAUCGUUUCUUCCAUCGACAAUCUCAUAAAAAACAUGACAGAACUGUAAAUUCGACAAUAGCUAUUGCCUGUAUGAUUCUUUCUGGGAAAGCUGAAGAUAAGCAGGUUCUUGUGGAUGAAGUGCUUGGGAGGUCAUAUGAAAUAUUAAGCAGAAAGGAUCGUGAAUUUAAGAAAAAAAAUAAGCAGGUAAUGGUUUUUGUUUCAAUAUGA